CGAAGCCUACGUUCCUAGCCAGGCGAAAUCAUACCGCUCGGCAAGCUAACGGGGUUUGCUUCCGGUUGACACCCGGAAGUGAAGCUUAGAGAGUGGGAGCCGCAGCACUUCGUUCUUCCCGGUCUUGUCUCUUUGCUGGUUUUCCCCGAUCCUGCUUGCUUUCACUGCCCAAUGCAUCCGCGGCGCCCCGAGGGCUUCGACGGCCUGGGCUAUCGGAGCGCCCGAGAGGAGCCCGGAGGCUUCGCGGCCAAGCCGGAUCUAGGCCACUGGGUCACUACCCCGCCUGACAUUCCUGGCAGCCGCAACCUCCAUUGGGGUGAAAAGACGCCGCAGUUCGCCGCAGGCACACCUUUGGUGGCGGCUGGGCUCAACGAGGACCCGUACCUAGGAGGUGCUGGCACCAACUCCGAGCAAAUAAAUCGGUUUGCAGGCUUUGGGAUUGGCUUGGCAAGUUUAUUCACAGAAAAUGUGCUGGCUCAUCCUUGCAUUGUUUUGCGUCGGCAAUGCCAGGUUAAUUAUCAUGCCAAGAAUUAUCACCUUACUCCUUUUACAAUCAUCAACAUUAUGUAUAGCAUCAAUAAAACCCAGGGCCCCAGAGCUCUUUGGAAAGGAAUGGGGAGUACUUUCAUUGUCCAGGGUAUAGCCCUUGGAGCAGAAGGCAUCAUCAGUGAAUUCACACCCUUGCCAAGAGAAAUUUCAUACAAAUGGAAUCCCAGGCAAAUAGGAGGACAUCUGACCCUAAAAGCGUUGACUUGUAUCAUAGCAAUGCCUUUUUAUUCAGCAAGUUUGAUUGAAACUGUGCAAAGUGAAAUCAUUCGGGAUAAUCCUGGAAUUUUGGAUUGCCUGAAAGAGGGCAUAGGCAGAGCAAUGGGCUUUGGAGUUCCCCAUAGCAAGCGACUACUCCCUCUAUUGGCAUUGACCUUCCCAACAGUUCUGCAUGGAGUUCUUCAUUACAUAAUCAGCUCGGCAGUACAGAAACUGGUCCUCUUCUUCCUAAAGAAAGAGAAUUCUUCAAGCUUCCCAGCUGAGAACUCUAAUUCUGUACAAAACAUGUUGGAUGCUUAUUUUCCUGAACUUAUUGCAAGCUUUGCUGCCAGUCUUUGUGCAGAUGUUAUGCUUUAUCCACUGGAGACAGUUUUGCAUCGCCUUCAUAUUCAAGGGACACGCACCAUCAUUGACAAUACAGACCUUGGAUAUGAAGUUCUCCCCAUCAAUACACAGUAUGAAGGGAUGAGAGACUGUAUAAAUAGUAUAAAACGUGAAGAAGGAAUGUUGGGGUUUUACAAAGGGUUUGGGGCUGUAAUUGUACAGUACACACUGCACGUAGCUGUAUUACAGCUUACAAAAGUUAUUUAUUCUACACUGCUUCAGAACAUUUCUUAAUAACUUAGUGAACAUGGCCAUUUAGUUGGCUACAUUUUCAGAAAAUAAGUACAAGUAGUGAAAUCUGAAAGAUUAAAUAUAUAGUAAUGGUUCCUUUCAUAAAUAAAAACAAAGGCAAACAUUUCCUUUACACAGGCUGUGGUAAUAGGAAAUUGAAAUGCGUAGAUCAACACAAGGCUUUUAAAAUAUUGAAAUGUAAAUAAAAUAUUAGAAGGCAUUUUAUAAAUCUCUGCAAAGUAUGAUUUUUCAGAAUGAUGAUAGAUAGUAGGUACAAUUCCUGCUGGCAAUUUCUGCUGCAUAACUGUUAGAAAUAAACAAUAGCUACAUAGAAAUAAAGCUGUGUUCUAUUUAAAGCCUUGUCUCUUAGAGACACAUGUACUAAAGAUUGUUAAGAUAAAAUUAAUUUGGCAGUCUUGGAAUAAACUGCGAAAACUAUGUACUUUGUCAGUUUUGUUGAAGGACUUUUCACGUAAUUGCUGUAAACAAUUUUGCUAAUAUCAAUAAUCCAAAAUGUAAACAGCAUUUUUACACACUGUAUUCUUGUUUUACAGUGUACUUCCCCCUCCCCAUAUUGUGUUGAUUAAACAGUAUGUGGUACCACCCCCCAAAAAAAAUCAAAACUGAAAAUUAUUCCAUUACUUGCGUAAAAGAAAACUGGUUGAAAUUUUUCUACUUAAUUGCUGACAAGAAUUUUGCUAUAGUUGACACUACUGGAAUUGUUCAUACAAUAUUGGAAUUCUGCCUCAUCACAAUAUGAGUUCUCAGAAGAAUAUCAUAAGUGGAUGUUAGUUUAGCUUUCUAGUCUCCCUGGCUUAAGACAACAUCAAAAUAUUUUCCAGUGAAGGUUACUUGAGUUCAAUUGAAGUAAAUACAUUCCAAAUAAAUAUAAGUCAUAUAUAACAAGGAAUUUUUUGUUGAUAACUCUCUCAGCACAAUAUCAUAGCUUUUAAUUAAAGCCAUUAUUAAUUUGAAAUAUUUUAAGCUUGAAGCCCAGUGGUUUAAACUCAGAACAGUGCUGUUUUAAACUAAAAACAGAGAUGUUUCAAACUCAAAACACUUCAAAAAUGAUCAGAAUGACUUGCUUUCCACUUGACAGUUGCUUUACAGUAAAAUAGCUUCAAUUCAAAUGGAUUGAAUUGGAAAUUAUUGCAAUCUCUGUUUUCAAAUUUUAGUUAAAGUAAAAGAGAGGUUGUUUUCAUUACUGCUGAUACUAUUUCAAGAAUUGAAUUGAAAUUUAUCUAAGAAAUCUGGCUGAAUUUGAUGAUCUUUAUAUUUCCCAACCAGAGAUAUAUUGUAAUUUUAGCUAUUUAAAUCCUUGCUUUUUUUCCCCUGAAAUAGUAGAGCAGAAUUUUUGUCCUUUCAGUAUAUUAUGCAACUCUGGACUGCAGUCCAUAGUAGGUUCCCUUUUAAAAUGACAUAAUUUUAUUUCAAAAACCUAAUACAUUAAAUGUCUAUAUGCUUCUGGGUCCAAACUUGAUCUAAUGGAAGGUGUAGAAAGAUGUAUUUAACAAUGCAUAAGUCCUUUGAAAAAGUUAUUUCUAGCAAUCACUGUAUGGUAAAAGACAAGCUGUGUCUAUGAAUCUAAAGACAAUAUUUCAGUUAAAAAUGUAUGUACAAAAUUCAAAUUUAUGGGAUACACCUGCUAAAUGCACUUAAGAAUUAUGAAGCACAUCAAAUUACUUUUGAAAAGAAAUUGAAAUGGAACAAGUUAAUCUUACUAAUUUUUGUACUUAUCAAAGAAUUGAUAUGAGAAUUUAAGACAUCUUGUAUUCAGACUGUUCUGCCAAAAGAAAUGUUCCAAACAAAGUAAUUAAGAGGGUAAUAGUAACACAUUUCAGCUUUUCAAUGUAUCUCAUAGAUGUACUGUAAUUUUUUCAAAUGCUUCUGGUAAGUUGAAUGCUAGUGUCCUAAAGGAAUUGUACACUUUGUAAGCUCUAAUAAAUAUAAAAUUGCUGUGAUGAA